AUGGCGAAACAUUCGCUCAAGGUCUUCUCUACGCUUGGGAUUGUCCUCGGGGCUUAUGGCCUUGCUGCUCCCACCCCAACGAGCACCGGCCAGGAUGCCCAGUAUACCAUUCCGUCUGAGGUCACCAACGGCCAGAAUCUAAUCGCCAACAUCGAUGACCCACAAGCCGUUAAUGCACAGGAAGUCUGUCCUGGGUACUCAGCAUAUGAUGUGCAGCACACCAAGUCCGGGUUGACUGCGUCUCUCAAACUUGCUGGGUCCGCUUGCAAUGUCUACGGUACCGAUAUCGAGAAUCUACGAUUCUCUGUCCAGUAUCAAGCCAGUGAUCGAGUGAACGUGGAAAUCGUUCCGGCCAAUAUCCAACCUUCGCAGUCAACAUGGUAUCUCAUCCCCGACAGCCUCGUCCCAAAGCCUAAAGCCGAGGAAGGUAUGUGUCUCGAGAAGAGCGAGCUCGCGGUAACCUGGUCCAACGAGCCCACCUUCAGCUUCAAGGUGACUCGGAAGGCGACUGGGGAUGUUCUGUUUGACACCGAGGGGACAAAGCUGGUCUACGAAAAUCAAUUCAUCGAAUUCGUCACUGCUUUGCCUGAAGACUAUAACCUUUACGGUCUCGGGGAGCGCAUCCAGGGAUUGCGACUUCCUAACAACAUGACCAUAACUACGUAUGCCGCUGAUAUUGGUGACCCGUUUGAUAGUAAUCUCUAUGGCCACCAGCCCUUUUAUCUUGAUACGCGGUACUAUGAAGCCUCGUCAGGCAAACCCUACACUCCCGUCGAUGGCCAGCCUCCCUCGAAAAAGCAUUUGUCCUUCUCCCAUGGAGUGUUCUUGAGAAACGCCCAUGGCCAGGAGGUGAAGCUGCAGCCUCGGAGUCUGACCUGGCGCACAAUUGGCGGCAGCAUCGAUCUCUAUUUCUAUGCCGGACCGUCCGCCACAGAGGUGACUAAAAGCUACCUGCGUAGCACCGUCGGCUUGCCAGCGAUGCAGCAGUAUUUCACCCUGGGAUACCAUCAGUCGCGCUGGGGCUACCGCAAUUGGACCGAGUUAGAGGAGGUCGUCGCAAAUUUCGAGAAAUUCAAUAUCCCUCUGGAAACUAUCUGGACCGAUAUCGACUACAUGAAGUCGUAUCGCAACUUUGAGAAUGACCCAUACGCCUUCUCGUACGAAGAAGGCAAGGCAUUCUUGGACAAGCUCCAUCAGUCUGGGCGACAUUACGUGCCCAUUCUCGACACUGGAAUCUACAUCCCUAAUCCCGACAACGCCUCUGAUACGUACGAGCCAUAUACUCGGGGUACUGAGCUUGACGUCUGGCUCAAGAACCCUGAUGGUAGCACUUACAUCGGCUCUGUUUGGCCCGGUUAUACCGUCUUCACUGACUUCCACCAUCCCAAUGCUGUAGAGUACUGGGCAAAUGAGCUGGUCAAGUACCAUGACAAGAUCUCCUUUGACGGCAUCUGGAUGGACAUGAACGAGGCGUCCUCCUUCUGCGUCGGCAGCUGUGGCUCCGGCUCGGUUCACCUGAACCCUGCGCACCCCCCAUUCAAACUGCCUGGCGAUCCGGGAUAUCUCCUCUUCGACUACCCCGAAGCAUUCAACAUCACGAAUGCGACCGAAGCGGCCUCUGCAUCAGCAGCGGCAUCGAGUCAAGAUGCUGCGAACUCUGCCACGCAACCGCCGGCUCCCACCACCACUACGCCGUACCUGCGGACCACCCCGACCCCGGGUGUUAGGGAUAUCAACUGGCCGCCAUACGUCCUCAACCACGUCCAAACGGGACAUGACCUCGCCGUGCACGCUGUCUCUCCCAAUGCCACGCAUGCUGACGGCACGGUCGAGUACGACGUUCACUCCUUGUACGGCCACCAAAUCAUCAACGCAACAUAUAAGGGCUUGCUCGCGGUGCACCCUACCAAGCGCCCCUUCAUCAUCGGCCGCUCGACCUUUGCAGGGUCGGGCAAAUGGGCUGGCCACUGGGGCGGCGACAACUACGCGAAGUGGGCAUAUAUGUACUACUCGAUCCCACAGGCCCUCCAGUUCUCCCUAUACGGAUUCCCAAUGUUCGGCGUUGACACCUGCGGCUUUGACGGCAAUACGGAUGAAGAGCUCUGCAAUCGCUGGAUGCAGCUGUCUGCGUUCUUCCCCUUCUAUCGGAACCACAACCGCCUCGCCGCGAUUCCCCAAGAGCCAUACCGCUGGUCUUCCGUGAUCAAGGCCUCCCAGGACGCCAUGAAAAUCCGCUACGCACUCCUCCCCUAUUUGUAUACCCUCAUGCAAGAGGCACACACCACCGGCGCAACCGUCAUGCGCGCGCUGGCCUGGGAAUACCCCAACGACCCGUCGCUAGCGGCGGUGGAAACGCAGUUCCUGCUCGGACCCGCACUCAUGAUCGUCCCCGUUCUCGAACCGCUCGCCACGACGGUUCAGGGAGUCUUCCCCGGCCUGGAGGACGGGGAGAAGUGGUAUGACUGGUACACCCAGACGGCGGUGACUUAUGCCCAGCCGGGCGUGAACACCACCAUCGACGCGCCGCUGGGUCAUAUUCCUGUGUUCAUCCGCGGAGGCCACAUCCUCCCCAUGCAGCAGCCGGCGCUGACGACCCGCGAGGCGCGCAGUACCCCGUGGUCAUUGAUUGUCGCGCUGGAUGCCAAUGGCCAUGCGUCGGGCAGUCUGUAUAUGGAUGAUGGGGAGUCGAUCAAUCCUGAGGCUAGUCUGUUGGUUGAUUUGGUUGCUCGCAGGUCGAAGCUGGUGGCUACUGCGUCUGGGUCAUGGGUCGAAAGCAAUGCGCUGGAGAAGAUCGCAAUUUUGGGCGUCGAACAUGCCCCGGCUAAGGUCCGAUUUAAUGGGCGUCCCGUCCACCACCAGUCUGUUCAUUAUAACUCGACUUCUCACGUUCUUAGUAUUUCUGGUUUGAAGCGAGAGACCAAGAAGGGCGCGUGGCAUAAUGACUGGGUGCUGGAGUGGUAG